GUCUUUUAAAUCUUUCCUCGUAUGGAAACUGUUCCAUACCCCUAAUGAUUUUUUUGUUGCUCUUCUCUGCACAUUUUCCAAUUAUAAUAAUUUUUUGAGACUACUGAAACCAGAAUUGUACACAGUAUUCAAGGGGUCGGCGUACCAUGGAUUUAUAUGGUGGCUUUGAUAUUUUCUGUGUUACUAUCUAUCUUUCCUAAUGGUUCCUAGCAUUCUUUUAGCUUCAUUGACUGCUGCUGCAUUUUAACUCGAUAUUUGCAGAGAACUAUCCGCAAUAACACCAAGACCUGUUUCUUGAGUGGAAAAACAUAAUGCCAACUAUACAUACAGAAUGAUGGGGUCUAUAUUACUUGUUGCCAAUGUGCAUUACUGUUUCUAUCUACAUUGAAUUUUAUCUGCCAUUUUCUUGCCUAGUGACCCAGUUUUGUGAAAUCCCUUUAUAACUCUUCUUAAUCAACUUUGGAUCUAAUUAUCCUGAGUAAUUUUGUUUAGUCUGCAAAGGUUUCCACCCCACUGUUUGAAAAAGACCAGUUCCAGUAACAAUGGCUAUUAAAGCAUAGUACUACCUAAUACGUUUGACCUCUUAAAUUGGUAACUCCUUAUUCACACCACACUCACUGUUUAAAAUUGGCCUGAUUCCUGUGCUCGUUUGUUUAGGAAGAGGGGGAGCAAAUGCUUGGGUUUUUUUUGGUUUUUUGGUUUUUUUGGUCUCCGAAGGCCUGUAAGAGAAUGGUUUGGGCAGAAAGGUGCAUGUUACAGAGGUGGGGGCACAAGUGGAUAUUGAACUGCAGUGGGACACUGAAAAGUGUCAGGACAGAAAUUUCGUGUUGUUUUUUGUUUGUUUUUAAACCAGACAUGACUAGAUAUGCUGCUAUUGCACUAUUGUAACACUAGUAAUAAGUAAACAAAGAACAUCAAUCGUGAGUAGAAUCAAGAAAGGUAUUUUCAGUGUUUUGUGGCACUGUUCCUGUUUAAAAGGAUCACUGACAAUACCUGUCUCUGCGCAACUGGACUCCAUUUUCUGUCUAUCUGGCCUUAUCAAAGAGAGAUGCAGACGACAUGCACAGCUGGCUUUAGUUGGGUUCUGUGUGGCUGGAAGGGGCCUUGAUCAGCUCUGACCUCUCCAGAAGGUGGCACUGCAGUCAGUGGGAAGUGAUAGUUCUUGGCAGUGAGAGAACACUUUAAUGAUUGGUAGCUUGCAUUCUCAGAGCAUUGGUUGCUCAAUAACCACCCCUCCCAAAUCCUCAGUGGGUACUUAAGUCGUCCCCGGCUCUCCACGCUGCCAGCCUGAGUGGCUAGGCAAAAAGGAUGGGUGGGAACUGAAUGUGAAAGGUCAUCUUUAAAACUGUCCUAGUGUAGACAGAGCCUCUGAGUUACCCUGGUAGGGUUAGGAGUGGGGCGAGCUUGGCUCUCAGGGCCACAUCUGAGGAGUAAGCAGAUGCAUUCUGUUCUGUUUAGCUUCCUUUCUGGCGGGGUUAGCUGUUUGUAGUCAGGCCGCUGUGGAGUAGUCUGUGCAGAUGGAGUUCUGCCAUAGGUUUCAAACCCUCCCUCCUGGAGGAGUGUGCCAUGGUGAGUCUGCUUCCUCUAGCUAUGGCCAAACUUUGCAACCAUUACCCAGGGCAACGUGUGGGAGCCAUCCCAUUGAAGUCAUUUGGACUGCUCCUGCGUGGAAGUGCUGCUUGGUGUAAGUAAGCGUCGCACAAUUGGGUGGAGGGGGGUGCAGCCCAUCACAGAAAACUGCAACAGAAAAAUGAAGGGGUUUUGUGGACGUUUGCCAUCGGUUCUCGCACAAGCGGGAGGGGUGACUUGAGCUGCCUUGAUUCACACCUGCUGUGUUUGUGUAAGAUAACUUGAGGGGCCUGGGAGCCUUGCUGCCGCCCUGUUUGCGGAAGCCAGACCUGGCUGAUUCUCUGCAGACAUGGAGGCCUGAUGGUGAGAUAUGAAAGAGCCAGCAAAGUCCCUCUCCAGAUGGGGAUUAUGCAGCAGAGCUGUAAUGGCAAUGUGCUGCUCGAAGAAGCUGAGCCGAGGGGCCUGACGGACGCUCUGGUGCUGAAUGGCAGGAAGGUGGAUGAGCGGCAGGGCCUGCUUGCCGUGACCCACAGCCAGUUGGAGGGAUCAAACAAGGAGGCAGCACUGCGACUCAUCAGCGUGGGGCCGGAGCAGCACCCCCCCCUGCAUUCGGCCUACAUCCCAGUGCCCAGGCAGAGAAAGCUAUCGGGCAAGGCGGGGAUAGAUGAGGUCAUGGCAGCCGCAGUUCUCACCAGCCUGUCCACUAGCCCUCUAGUGCUUGGCAACCCGCCUGGCACCCUCAGCCCAGCAGAGCCCAGCUGCGAGGCCUGGAAGGAGGGUCCUGCCAUGUCCUCCAGCUACAGCAGCAGUAGCAACAACAGUGGGGACUGGAGCUGGGACCUGCCGAGCGACCGCUCCACCCCUUCCACCCCGUCGCCGCCGCUCUCCACCGACGUGGCCAAGAGCUUCCUGCCGGCCCCCCAGCUGGACGACGGCAUCGAGGAGACCGAAGCGACCCACUUCCUCUUCGGAGACCCCAUUCCCAGGAAGAGGAAGAACUCCACCAAGGUGAUGUUCAAGUGCUUGUGGAAAAGCUGUGGCAAGGUUCUGAGCAGCUCCUCGGGGAUGCAGAAGCACAUCCGAACCGUCCACCUCGGCCGGAAAGCCGACCUGGAUCAGAGUGACGGCGAGGAGGACUUUUACUACACGGAGCUGGACGUCAACGUGGACUCCCUGACGGAUGGACUGUCCAGCCUGACCCCCGUCUCGCCCACUUCUUCGGUGCCCCCGGCCUUCCCUGUCCUGGAGGUGCAGCGAACCCCGCCGGUGCUGGUGAAGCCCGAGGACUCCGUGGAGUCUCCUCUGAGUCAUUCAGCUCCAACGAGCCUGUGCCAUGUCCACACCGACCACGCCUAUCAGGUGGGCCAUGUGGAAAAGCAGGCGAUGGCUCCCAUCAGCAUCUCAGCUGCUUCGAAAACCCUGCCUGGCGGGAUGGGCUUCAGCAUCUCCUGGCAGCCGCCCCCAGCGCCCCAGUCACCAGUUGUUUUUAAAGGGUCCCCGGGCUGCCUGACGGCACUCCGCCCCGUUGGCGUGGGAGAGAAGCGGCCGCAGAUCCCUCACCCGCCCGUCACCGCAGCGCCCCCCUCUGUGCCAAAGCUGGCUGCGGGCACCAGGAAGCCCCGUGGCGAGGCCAAGAAGUGCCGCAAGGUGUACGGGAUGGAGAACCGGGACAUGUGGUGCACAGCCUGCCGGUGGAAGAAAGCUUGUCAGAGGUUCGUCGACUGAGCGCCUCCUGCCCCCCGCGCCUGGCCCCGCUGCCCGGGCCCCUCUGGCUCCACUGGAACCUCCCAGCUCUGGAAAGUCAGCAUCAACGCUUCCUUCUUGCACGUUUUGCACUUCAGGUGCCUUCGAGCCCCGACCCCACCUCCGGGCCCCCAGGGACUCAGCUGUGGCUAGCCGGAAACUGCCCCGGACUCAGGAAAAAGGAGCCCCUUGGCCUGCAAUUGCUCUGAGGAAUUGUAGGGCGGUGAUUCUAGGCGUGGGGGGGGGAAAGGAAGGGGCUGUCCUUGAAAAGGAAAAACUCAUUCCCCCUCCUCCAUCCCCAUUGGUGCGACACGGCUCCCGACAUCAUCUUAGAUCCGGUUCCCUCCAGGAUCGGGCCCCUGAGAGCCAUUUGUCUGGCGCUGUAUUUUUGUUUUUUGCGGCGCCUCGUCCUGUCUCCUCCCCGCAAGCGUCGUGCUCUUGUCUCUUGGAAGCUUUACACUUUACGCACACAUACGCACGGAGCUUUUCUGAUCACUCUCUUUUGGAAAUAAGCUAUUUUCUCUUCCUUCACUACGUUCCUCUCCCCUCCCUCCCGCCAUCUGACUGCCGUCAGGGAUCCGGCCGAGCCAGGGAUGUCCGUGCGCUGGGAUCCAGCAGUGGGAGGCCAGUAUCAACCACCAGCUCCGUCUCGCGCUGUGGGAAAGGAGGGGAGCGGACCUGGUACUGUGCUUGCACAGGAAGCCGCGAGCUCCUUUCCCUUUUGGUUUUUGCUUUGGAAUCUCACCAACCACAGUUCGCCACCGAAAUGGACUUCAGACCAAGAAAAGGACCCAACCCGGCCUGCCGGUGCAGCCCGCUGGGAUGUGACGAGGUUCCGAGCAGCCGUUUUCUACCCUUCUUUUUUAUCUCUUGGUUUUAAAGUGCCACGUCCGAUCUGAGUCCUGACUCUGGUGGGCUAAAACACCCAGCGUCCCAGGGGCAAGGGGGGACGGUGCUGUUUGUUAUCUCCUCCAGGGAAUUCUCGAUUUUGGGAGGGCAGAGGGGGAGGGAGAUGGACUCAGCAACAGAUGCCUCAACUGUUUGAAGACGCGUGUGUGGUCAGAUCUGUGAGCUCUGUGUCCGGGAUGGACACGGGGUGGGGGGAAAGCGGCGGUGGGGGUAACGGUGCCGAAGAAUAAGCUGUGCCUGGAAAAUGCGGCAUCUCUUGGUCGUCCUUUUCCGUGUGGAAAAUGUGGCUCGCUACCUGCCCCUCCCCCAGCCACACCUGUUCUGUCGCCUUUCUGUGGGUGGAGCCCGGCUCCCUGGGUGCAGAGGGCAGAGACGGGGGACAUGCGUCCACCCAGGAUGAGGGAUUCAAGUGUUUUGUUGUUUUUUUUUUUUAUAAAGGAAAAAAAAAAACCCCGCUCCCGUGGCAACGAGAGCGCCCGGAAGUGCCUGCGUCAACGCGCCCAUUUGCACUAAGCCAAACUGCACAAAGAGUUUUCUUUAUUCUUUUCUUUGUGUGUGUGUUUUUUUUUUUUUAAUAAAAUAUAUUAAAGGUC